AUGCAAACAACGCGGGACCGCCGUCCCGCGCACGGCGCAAUGCUUACGUUUCAGCAGCAGCAGCAGCAGCAGCAACAGCAACAGCAGCAGCAGCAGCAGACAAACAAAGCGUCGCAGCUCAUUCACAAGCUUCACCAGCCCAACGCCCUCGAGUCACGCCAGCAGCAGAAGAUCCUUAAUCUCCAGCACAAGCUGGCCGCCGCUCCAGGCGCCGCCGGCCCCGUUAGUCCCGCUGGUAACCACCCGUUCGUCCCGCCGAAUGUUGCGCAGCCUCGGCGCCCCACGACGCCGACAAUGGGCAGCGCGAUAGGCGGCGCAAUGGGCGCCGCGGUCGGCGGCGCCAUGGGCGGCGUGUCGCACCUUUCCAACUGGCUGAACGAACUUCCCGCGAAAGCCGCGCGCCAGGUCGGGGGGGAGCAACGAGGGAGGCCGGCGGCGGGGAUUGGCGGAGCGGAGGAAGGCGGCGGGGUUGCGCGGAGCAGGUCGAAAUCCCCGCUGAUGGUUCGAGCUAUUUCUCGCGAUGGCGGCGGCGGAAGCGCCGUUGAGCGGAGCCGCUCCAAGUCCCCCAUUCUCUUCCGCGGGGCCUCUGUUCCUGAUGCUCCUGGCGGGGAUUUCGCGGGCGGAGGUUUCCCCCGCGCGGAUUCCGCCCGCGCAGGGGUGGGGAACAUGCGAGGAGGGCCACAGCCGUCGCUGCAGCGAAUGCGCACGCCUGAGGCGGAACGGCCUGGCGGACCUGUUAAUCAGGCUCGGCAUGUCCGGGUGAGCGGCUCGGGUUCUGGAGGUUCGGGGUCCGGAGGGUCGGAAUCUGCAGGCUCGGGAUCUGGAAGGUCGGGAACACGAAUGCCCGCGCAAGCCGCGCGCAGUGGGUCGGGGGAAGGGGAAGAGUGGCGGGUGGCGCGGGACGGCAGCGGCCGAAGCUCUGCGGGCGGCAGCAGUAGGGAAGGCGACAGCGGACGGCACGGCGGCGGCGGCGGCCGGCAGGCUGGUGGCAGCAGCCGGUCGCAUGGGGGCAGCGGCCGUCAGGAAGGUGGUAGUGGCCGUCAGGAAAGCAGUAGUGGCCGGCAGGUGAACGCUCGCGGGCGGCAGGAAGUGGGAUACGGGCGGCAGGACGAUUAUGGCAUGGAGAGGGAGCAGAAUUUCGGGCGGGAACGGAGGGAGAACGGGCGGGGAAGUGGGAGUGAUGGCAGCAGUGAUGGGAACUGGGAGUUUGUAGAGCAAAUUGAGGAGCCCUAUAGCGGGGAUGGAUGGAGGAAGAGAGGAGACGGCGUGGGACGGCGGGAGAGGGAUGAUUCGAUAAGAGAUGAAAGGGAAAGGAACGCGAUUAGAACGGGUGAUGGAAGGAGCGGGAGGAGUGAGAGGAGUGAGAGGAGUGAGAGGAACAGUAUGAGGAGCAGUAAGAGUGGGAGUGGGAGGAGUGACGAUGCGGAUAGUGAUUACAGCGGGAGUGGGGCUGGGAGUGUGAGGUAUUUUCCGGAAAGAGGGGGGAGUAUGAAGAGGCCUACUUGGAUGGAGGAGGAUGGGGAUGACUUUUUCGAAGAGGAGGGAGAGGAGAGAGAUGAGAGAGAUGAGAGAGAGGAGGGAGAGGAGGGGGAGGAGGAUGGAUAUGAGGGAGAGGGUAUGGAGAGGGGAGGUGGGGAGUGGCGCGGUCAACAGACGCGUCAAAGGCAGAUUCAAUUCGAUUUGCCAUCUGCUAGCCAGAACAGAGAGGGGGGGCGAGGGGGGUAUCAGCCGAGAGUGAGGAACGAGGGACAACGAGUAGGAAAGGGGGUAGGAAGAGGAGGAGGAGAAAGAGGGAGGAUUGGGAGAGGGAGGCGAGGGUCGGGCAGGUCAAGUGGAAGCAUGGAUUCGGUGCCUGAGGGAGAGUGUGAGGAUGAGAGAGAGAGUGAGGAUGAGGGGGAGUGGGAGGAUGAGGGGAGUGACUUGGAAGACGCGGGGUACACAGAGGAAAGGGUGUUGGUGGAAGGGGAAGAGUCUUUGCUUGAGGGUGGUUACCACAAGGGUGGUAACCAGAAGGGUGGUUACGAGGAGGAGGAGAGGCGGCUCUCGGAUGUGUCGCUGCAGGGAGUCAAAGGGGACGCAGGCUCGCCUGCUCCCAUGCCGCCCGCCCAGGUUUCAUACUCUGCUGUAUCUACUGCUCCUGCAGCUGGUGAUGCGGCUGCUGUGGCGGCUGCUGCUGUGGCUGGUGGUGCUGCUGCUGCUGCUGAGAGUGGUGCUGGUGAACUGGAGCGCAGUGAGACGCUGGCAGAGAGGCAGCGGCGGCUGUAUCUCACGUCCCCCUCCUUUGCCUCCAUUCUGAACCAGGUGGAUGAUGAGAGCGACGGGGAGGAGGGGAGGGAAGGGGAGGGAGAGGAGGGGAAGGGAAUGGGGAACGCAGCAAGAGUGGUGGCAUCUGCAGCGUCUCGGGCAGCAGGUGCUGCUGCUGCUGCGACGGCGGCGGUUGGUGCUGACGGCGCUGUUGAUUUUGCUGCUGGUGGUGCUGCUUGUUCUGGUGCUCUUGAUGGGGGUAUCAGGGUGAGUCCGUUCGGGGUGGGGGGCGAAGGGACGGGAGGGGGGAGGGAGGCGGAGGGUCCGUCUUUGGCUGACGCGUUAGAGGAGGAGAAGCAGCGGCGGCUGCGGCUGGUGUCGCCGUCGUUUGCUUAUAUUCUAAACGAAGUGGGUGAUGACGAGGAUGAGGAAGAUGAGAUAGAGCAGUUGAAAGAGCAGCAGGGGCAGCAGGGGCAGCAGGGGCAGCAGGGGCAGCAGGGGCAGCAGGGGCAGCAGGGGCAGCAGGGGCAGCAGGGGCAGCAGGGGCAGCAGGGACAGCGGGGGCAGGCGCAGCAGGUGCAGCAAGGGCAGAAGCAGCAGCAGAGUGGUGUGGAAUCGGAGGAGCAGCGGAGGCUGCGGCUCAUCUCUCCAUCCUUCGCUCACAUCUUAAAGGAGAUCGACUCAGACGAUGAUGAUAAUGACGAUGCUUCUGCUGCUCAUGCUAGUGCUGGCGCUGCUGCUGCUGCUGCUGGUGGUGGUAGAGAAAGUAGGGACAAUGGGACUGCCAGUAGCAGUGCUGGCGGUGGUGACCUGUCGUUUGACCUCUCUGCUGCGCACCGAAACUCACACUCCACUUGCUCCCUGCCUUCCCCAGUUACCGCCUCCCCCAGAAGCACCUCCCCCGAUGCACUCUUCCCCCGCCCUGGCUCCCCCUGGCACAGCAGAAGCUGCUCUGCUUCCGCUGAGCUCUCCCCGCGCCUGGAGCCAUCGCCGUCCAAUGAGGGGCUGCCACGUAGCAUGAGUGCAACGGUGGUGGGAAGCAGGAGCAGGGAAGGAUCCCCUGGGGAGGCUGGUGGUACUGGCACCGGCACUAGUGGCAGGGCAGAGGGAUGGCAGGGAGAACAGGGAGGGCAGGGAGGGCAGGGAGGGCAGUGGGAGCAGGGGGGGCGCAGUCAGCCGCACAUACGUGCGAGGGGAGGGGGCUCCCUGGGGGGGUUCACCUCUCCUUUGCCGCGAGCUGCUACUGUUGACGGCAGCAGCAUUCCCAACAGAAGCAGGGUGAGCGUUGCCACUGAUGCUGCUACUGCAGUCGGGAUGCAUGACGGUACAAGGCCCAGGGUCCUCCUAGGCUCCCCAGCGGGAAACGCUGUUGGUGCAGCAGCAGCAGCAGCCGGGGGCGCGCAUGGGCACACCACAGCAGCCGGGGGCGCGCAUGGGCACACCACAGCAGCCGCUCUGAUCAGCCCCCGGGAAGUCCGCAUGCAGGGGCAGGGGGGGCACAGCUCCCGUCCGUCGCUCGGUCCUUUUGAGGCGCCUCAAAAGGGGCAGGGGGGGCACAGCUCCCAUCCAAUGCCCGGUCCUGUCUCCCAGGGUGCUCUGCCGGACGGCCGCAUGCCUCUCUCCCCGCACCUCGUGCAGCCUCUGGCUCGUGUUCCCGAGAGCAGCAGUGCGGAGGAGGGCGAGGGGCCGUUUGGUGUGCGGGGGAUGCAGGGAGGGCGGGUGGGAGGGCAGGUGGGGGGGCAAGUGGGAGGGCGGACAGGCGGGCAUACGGGAGGGCGCGGGCUGGCACUGCAGGGGGCAGCGUUUCGGCGGGUGAUGCACAAGAGCAUGAGCGAAGGGGGUGAUGGCACGACGCUCGUUCCGGGGGUGAAUCUGGGGCAGUUUGCCGGUGCUGCUGACGUGGAGGAUGGUGACGUGGAUGGUGGUGACGUGGCAGGGGGUGUAUCGCCAGGUGGACGCAGGCUGCAGAGGAGGUAUUCGUCAGACGCGGAGAGGCAGCGACAGCGGCAGGAGUGGCAGCAGCAGCAUCAAGUAGUAAGAAGGACAGGCAGCGGGGACGUGAGUGCUAGCAUGAGUCCCAGAAGCAACUCCAGUGAAAACGCUGUUGGAGCAGGAAGGGGAGUGAGGCCGACAGGGGCGGCUGUUGGGGCUGGUGGGGUUGGUGCGGGUAGUGGGGGGAGGUACCUGGCUAGACACCAAUCAGCCGAGACCGAGUCUCUCAAUCGGCCAAUCAGACGCGGCCACAUGGCAUCUGUGGAUUUCUCCCCUCCUCGCAGCCCGCUUUCCAGAAUGGCCCACUCUCACUCUGUUGACUACUCCCCCCCUCACUCCCAUCCGCACUCGUACCUUACACCUGAACCUGAGAAUGCUACAGGGGAAAUAGACCUCUUCCCUCAUAAUAGCCACCAUCCAGUCAUGUCACACUCUCAUUCUCUAGGCCACUCCCCUCCUACCUCCACAGCAGCUCUGGUCAGCCCCCGAACCGGCCUUGCACCGGGCCAAAGCUCUAGCGCUGGCAAUGUGCGGUUUGUGAUUCGGAGGAGUGCCAGCAGCACCGUAGGUGGGCCAGGUGGAGCUGUUGCUGGCGGGGGUGGUGCUGGUGGUGGUGAUGGUGGUGGUGGGAGCAGUGGCAGUGGCAAUGGCAGUGGCAGUGGCAGUGACAGCAGGGGCAACAUGAGGCAGAGGACCAAAAGCAGCAGCAUCAGUGACAUAUCCGAUGCUCCUCGCUCUGCUCUUGGUGUCACCACCACUGCUGCUGCUGCUGCUGCUGCAAGCGGCCCGUUCCAAAAACGUCUUCUUCGUCCCCCCAAGCUUUCCACCAGAGCGUCCCCCUCCGCCUCCCCCACCACCUCCCCCAGCGAUUCCCCCUCCCCCUCUCCUUCCCGCUACCCCUUCCACAAGCCGCAGGGGGAAGCCCCUUCUAAGUCUCCUGUUGGGGGGGAGGGCCAAGGAAGGGGCGGGAGAGGGCAGGGAGGAAGCUUUGACGAAGGUUCCUCGCAGAUGCAGACGAGAAGCAAGCAGCCGCAGAGGUUCAGCUCGUCCUCUUCUGCCUCCUCGGCAGGUCAUUCUUCAGGUGGUGCUUCAGGUGGCGGUUCAGGUGGCGGUUCAGGUGGCGGUUCAGGUGGGCCACGAACGCCCACCCGCUCCUCCUCGACUUCUAGUGCUGCUGCAGCCCCCCAAGCCCAUGGAAGCACACCCCAAACAGCGACUCGAACCUCAUCUUCUGCAUCCACCGCGUCUGCUCAUAACGAGGAUAAAUGCAGGCCCAGAACUCCGACUCGGGCCUCCUCUGCAUCCACCGGAUCUGCUCAUAACGAGGAUAAAGGCAGGCCCAGAACGCCCACUCGUAUGCCCGUUUCUGCUUCUGUUGGGUCUGGUUAUAGUGGGGAAAAGGAAAAGCAUCCUACUCGCAUGCCCUCCUCCGCUUCCACUGGGUCUGCUUAUAGUGAGGAUGUGCAGGCUUCAGGCAAAGGCAGGCCUAAGACUCCUACUUGCAUGCCGUCCUCUGCUUCUACUGGGUCUGGUUAUAACGGGGAUAGCAAUCCUUCAGCUGAAAGGAGGCCAAAGACUCCCACCCGAAUGCCAUCUUCAACCUCCACCGGAUCUGGUAAUAACGGAUCUGCUAAUAAUGAAGCACAGGCACGACCCAAAACACCAACUCGCAGCUCCUCUGCCGCUUCAGCCUCCUCAUCUGGCUCAUCCUCCCUACAAGAUGACUUGCUAGAAGACGAUGCCGCUUUAGAAGAGGUACACCAGUCGUUUUUCCGCGCCAAGGGGAAAAGAUUCCUGGAAAAGGCGAUGAAGGGGUUUAGUAAGCUCGUGGGAGGAGGGGUGGGAGCAGUGAACAUUCUAGGAGGGGAGUAUAGGGAUGUAGGGGCGUCGUAUGCAGUGCAGAUGGAUAAGGAGCUUGGGUCGGGACAAUAUGGAGUGACACGGGUGGCGGUGUGCCGAGCCACGGGGGAGAAAUUUGCGUGCAAGACAAUCAACAAGGCUGCUCUGAAGAGCAAGACAGAUGCGGACGACGUGAGGCGCGAGGUGGCUAUAAUGGAGAUGCUUAAAACGCACCCCAAGGUGGUGCAGCUGAAGGAUGUCUUUGAAAACGAGCAGGCCGUCCACCUGGUGAUGGAGCUGUGCUCGGGCGGCGAGCUAUUCGAGCGCAUCAAGGAGCGGCGGCGGUACAGCGAGAGGGAGGCGGCUUUGGUGAUGCGCGCGGUGCUGGGCGUGCUGCAGAGCUGCCACCAGCGCCACCACGUGGUGCACCGCGACAUCAAGCCCGAAAACAUCCUCCUCGCCCACCCCUCCUCCCACACCGACGUGCGCAUCAUCGACUUCGGGAUCUCCGCCAUUCUGAAACCAGGCUCCAAGCCACUGUCUGAUUUUGUUGGCUGGCUCUACUACGUCGCCCCAGAGAGGGAUUUGAGGUUCCUAAAAGAUUGUCUCUUCCCCUCCCUCUUCUUCACACCACCAGGCUCCAAGCCGUUGUCUGAUUUUGUCGGCUCGCUCUACUACGUCGCCCCAGAGGUGAUCGACGGUUCCUAUGGCUUCCCAGCGGACGUGUGGUCGGCAGGCGUUGUCCUAUAUGUGCUGCUGGCCGGCGUGCCGCCCUUCUGGGCCAAGACGGAAGCUGAUGUGACCAAAGCAAUCCGGGAGGGGAAGUGGGGGUUCCGGGGUGCUGUGUGGCGGAAUGUGUCAGAGCCGGGAAAGGAUUUGACUCGCCAGCUGCUGACGCACAACCAGAAGAAAAGAAUCACUGCUCGUGCUGCCCUCGGUACGUAUUUGCUCUUGCAUAAAUAA